CCACCCCCGUCGGCGUCUCCCCCGGUUGAGAGCGUCGUGACCCCGCGUGUUCUCCGCCAAAGGCCCUCUCCUGUAUCCCGCAACCAGAAAACUACCCGAAAAAAACAAAAAAAAAACCCGUCGAGAACGGAAAGAAUUCCUCAAACUCGGCGGGAUCUACUCGUAUCGCUAUAUAUCAGUCCAUCAGAUAGGGUUUAGAGCCGAUUUUUCGGGGAAAAAAUUGAAAAAAAAGAGGUCGAGGGCUUGGUAGGAGGCGGCGAUGGCAGCGCAAGUGGCGGUGGCGGUGGCGAACGGGGGCUCGGCAGCGGCUGUUUCCCCGGCCGCGCCAGGAGCGGUCAGCGUCGGCGUGGCGCAGCCGCUUCCGACGACGUCGCUGUACGUGGGCGACCUGGAGGCGUCGGUCACGGACUCGCAGCUGUACGAGCUCUUCAGCCAGGCGGGGCAGGUGGUGUCGGUCCGCGUCUGCAGGGACGUCAACUCGCGGCGCUCGCUAGGCUACGCCUACGUCAACUUCAGCAACCCCAUGGAUGCUGCAAGAGCACUGGAAAUGCUGAACUUUGUUCCUCUGAACAACAAGCCCAUUAGGGUGAUGUAUUCAAACCGUGACCCAAGCAGCCGCAGAAGUGGGUCUGCGAAUAUUUUUAUCAAGAACCUUGACAAGACAAUAGACAACAAGACUCUUCAUGACACCUUUUCUGCAUUUGGUGCUAUUCUCUCGUGUAAGGUGGCCACAGAUGAUAUGGGCCAAUCCAAAGGCUUUGGAUUUGUUCAGUAUGAAAAAGAAGAGUUUGCACAGUCUGCAAUGAAAAGCCUAAAUGGGAUGCUUAUCAACGAUAAGCCUGUCUAUGUUGGACCUUUCCUACGCAAGCAAGAGAGAGACAAUUCUUUCGACAAGGCAAGAUUUAACAAUGUCUUUGUGAAAAAUUUGUCUGAGUCUACCACAAAAGAGGAUCUAGUAAAAAUAUUCAGUGAAUAUGGAAACAUUACAAGUGCUGUUGUCAUGGUUGGCACGGAUGGUAAAUCAAGGUGCUUUGGUUUCAUCAAUUUUGAGAGUCCUGAUGAUGCUGUUCGUGCUGUUGAAGAACUUAAUGGGAAGAAAAUUAAUGACAAAGAGUGGUAUUGUGGGAGAGCUCAGAAGAAAUCUGAGAGAGAAAUGGACUUGAAGAGAAGAUUUGAGCAAAGCAUGAAAGAUGCAGCUGAUAAAUAUCAAGGACAGAAUUUGUACUUGAAGAAUCUGGAUGAUGGCAUUUCAGAUGACCAGCUACGCGAACUAUUCUCAACCUUUGGCAAAAUUACCUCAUGCAAGGUAAUGCGUGAUCAAAAUGGUGUUAGCAAGGGGUCUGGCUUUGUUGCGUUUUCUACCCGUGAGGAAGCAUCUCAGGCUAUAACUGAAAUGAAUGGAAAAAUGCUAUCUGGAAAGCCACUGUAUGUCGCAUUUGCACAGCGUAAAGAAGAAAGAAAAGCGAUGUUACAGGCUCAAUUCUCUCAGAUGCGCCCUGUACCAAUAACACCUUCCAUGACUCCUCGACUUCCCAUGUACCCUCCCAUGGCUCCUCUUGGGCAGCAACUUUUCUAUGGGCAAGCCCCGCCUCCUAUGAUGCCCCCUCAGCCGGGAUUCGGUUUCCAGCAACAGCUUGUUCCAGGCAUGAGGCCCAGCGGUGCCCAUAUGCCAAAUUACUUUGUUCCAGUUGUCCAACAAGGUCAACAGGGUCCGCGUCCUGGCAUGAGGCGCUCUGGUGCUGGAUCUGUCCAGGGACAGCAAUCUGCUCAGUCAUAUCAGCAACAGAUGGUUCCAAGAGGACGUGUCUACCGAUACCCACCUGGACCUGGACGUAACAUGCCUGAGGUACAACCGAUGGCAGGGGUUGGUGCUGGAGGUAUGAUUCAGCCAUAUGAUAUGGGAGGCUUCCCUGUGCGAGAUGCUGGCUUGUCACCUGCUGCUCCAAUUGGAACUUUAACUUCGGCCCUUGCAAAUGCUACUCCAGACCAACAAAGAACGCUACUUGGUGAAAGCCUCUAUCCACUGGUUGAGCUACUGGAGCACAAUCAAGCUGCCAAGGUCACUGGCAUGCUUCUGGAGAUGGACCAGACGGAGGUUCUGCAUCUGCUUGAGUCUCCAGAAGCUCUGAAGUCAAAGGUGGCUGAGGCGAUGGAUGUUCUCCGCAAUGUGGCGCAGCAGCAGAAUCCGAAUGCCCCGACCAGCCAACUUGCCGGCCUAUCUAUGACCGACAGCAUCAUCUCCUAAAUCAGAGUCGUAGCAAUCUUUAGUUUGCAGUUACAUGUGCGGUCUUGCCGCCGGCACUUGGUUCUUUUUAUCCCCUAUGGUUGAACUUGGGUGAGUUGAGUUUUUGCACUGGAUGUUAGGCUCGAUAUGCCUGGUGUCUUCGCCACUGUGGCCAGUUACUUGUUUGACUGCUAUUGAGGAUGUUAUACUUCUUAUGCGGUUAUGCCUUAACCAAAAGUUUUGCUAUUUAAGAUUAGUGGGAGACUGGGAGUAACAGUAGAAACCCCACAUUACUUUCAGCUCCAUUUUUCUGUAUGGAAUGUUAUCAUGAGUGCUCAGUUAAUUUCACUACACUUGGUCGCCC